GUCAUUUGGUCAUUGUUGAACAUCAGAUCCGGUUCUUUAUUUUUAAUCAUUAAAACUAAUUCAAACAUUUCAAUGAUGAUUCACUGAGUGCAAAGUUAUGCAUGGCUUCUCAGAUACAAAAUAUUAGACUGUUAAUUGUUCCAUGGCAUUUUCUUGUAUAAAUAUGGAUAAACUUGUUGCUUUUUUUCGUAUAGCAAAAGGAUAUGUAUAGGUAGAACUGAACCAAGUUGAUUUACUCAAUAUUUCUCAUGAUUUUAAACAGAAGGUUACUUGCAUAAAACAUUGGUAUAAUACGUAUUUAAAUUAAUCUCAGAUGUUAUUUAUUUAAUUAUACUAUCAGUAUAAUGAUGGAAUCAUUUAGCCUAUUACAUUCCAUAAGAAUUAGUGCAUUAGUGCUUUCAGUUACAAGUGCCUUAGAUCCACAUGAAUUAACAAUAAUAAUACUCAGUCAAUCAGAAGGCUAUCAUGUUGCUCAUGCAGAUUUGUUAAAAAAUGAUAUUCAAGAGCAAGCGAGAUCUAUGGAUAAAGGAAUCCCAAAUGUGAUAUUAACACAUAACUUAGACAUUAAAGGUUCAUGGACAUUUGUACCAUUAUUACCAUAUAUGAUUGCACAAUAUUCACAAAGUAAAUGGUUUUUCUUUUGUGAAGAUAAUACAGUUAUUAGACUACCUCUUCUGAUCAAUUUUCUUUCAUCACUUAACUAUACACAAGAACAGUGGCUUGGUCAUGCACUUUAUGACCGCGAACCAACAAUAAUACAUCAUUUUGCAGAACACACAAAGAAAUUUAAAUAUCCAAAUGUUGCUUCAGGUUUUGCCAUAUCAGCUGAACUUGUUCAUAGCCUGGCAAACAAAAUUGUGAAAGGAGAGGGUCCAAAUAAUGACUUUUCAAUAGAUGCCUCAUAUGAAUUUUCCAGUUUUAUAUUAAGCUCAAGUAAAAAGAGACUAAUCCAUGCUCCUGAACUUUGUGUAGUAUCUAGUAGGGAUUGUGCCACAUAUCCUCGAUACUUUCAUCCCUGUACAAAUCCAGUACCUCGCGAGAAAGUAUUUAUAGCUGUAAAAACCUGCAGCAAAUAUCACUUAGAGAGAAUUCCAAUUAUCAAACAAACCUGGGGAAAGUAUGCUAGUAACAUUGGAUAUUUUACUGAUAAAACAGAUAAAAAUCUGCCUGAUGCAUACGUGGUGCCUAAUACAGAACAAGGGCAUUGUGCAAAAACAUUUGCAAUACUGGAAAUUGCUCACAAGUUAAUGCAAAAACAAAGUCUUGACUGGUUGAUUAUUACAGAUGAUGAUACAAUACUUGGGUUAGCGCGUUUACUGCGCCUCUUGACUUGUUAUAAUCCUGCCAAUCCUGUUGCAUUGGGAGAGCGAUACGGUUUUCGAAUGUGGCAUAAUGCACAGGGAUAUGACUAUCUAACUGGUGGAGCUGGUUUAGCAUUAUCAGCUUCUAUUGUCCAACAAAUAUUAGAGUCAGGAUUAUGUCACUGUCCAUCCCCAUCAUCUCCAGAUGACAUGUUUAUCUUUGGGAUAUGCAUUUCUCGGCUUGGUGUAAAACCAACGCAAUGCUCUUUGUUUCAUCAGGCAAGACCAUUGGAUUAUGCCCUGGCUUAUCUUGCUUCUAACGAGCCUGUAUCAUUCCAUAAAUUUUGGAUGAUAGAUCCCAUAAAGGUUUAUGAACAGUGGUUUGCUGAAAGUGACAGUAUUUAUGCAAAGAACAAUAUGCAUACAGAGCUUUAAUGAAGUAGAAUAUUCAAACGUAAAUUAUUAGUUAGUUCAACUUUAUACUAUUGAACAUAAAAGAAAAUACAUUUGACAGAAUAAAGGCGUUAAGGUUUCUCUGAAAUCCACAAUCGAAUAUGAGAACCAACAGUAUAUUUAUUAUUUAUAUGUAUAACAAUUGUAAAUCGUUCGAUUCGCGUAA